UAAAAAGGGGAUAGGGAGUGGGAAUGAGGUAUCCAAAAUCUGAACCCAUCCCACCCAAUUGCCUUGCUAGUUCCUAAGGACAAAAAGUUGUGUUCUUAAUGCUAAAAAUUGUCCCCAUAUUUAAUAAAAACGAAGUGGCAAGAGUAACCAUAAGUGAGAUGCUUUUUUCCCAUGAGAAUAACAUGUUAACCACAGCUCACCAAUAUGUAGCAAAAAAUGAACAAUCACCAACAGCAAUAAAUCAACAUUUUUUUUUUUUUUUUUUUCUGAUAAUUGCUGAAAUGCCCGAGUCAGGUAGAGUACACGAGCAUGUAGCAUCGGAACACCACCGAAGAUUGUUGCUUUGCUAGUUUGCUUUCCAUGCAAGAUUUAUCCUUCUAAAUAUAGAGAGAACAAAAAUUUAGAGAGGAAAAGAGAUCCUCUGUACUCUCUCUUUUAUACUUUUCUUUGUCCAAAUUCGCACCCAUUACUGCCAAACAACCAAGGAUCCCUUUUCAUUUCGACACUUUGUCUACAUAUUUCUUGCUCCCAAGAGAGAGACUUCAAAAGGCAAGAUUUUUCAGGAGGCUCAGAUCUUGUUUUCCUCCCUAUAAGGACCUUGAAGAAUGUGAGCUUUCUUGGAAAAGUUCUUAGCUUUUGUUUGGGUUUCUUUGUCCAGUUACAUUGGCUUGGUUGAUAAUAUCAUGGGCCAAGACCAAGAACAGAGGCAUGUGUGCAAGCUCUGCAACAAGAGUUUUAUGAAUGGAAGAGUCUUGGGAGGUCACAUGAGGUGUCAUAGCCAUAAGAACCACAAUCCAACCAAAGGACAGAAAAAGGUGAGCAAGAGCAACAUGGAUAUUGAAAAUGGUAUUGGUAGGCAUACUAAGUAUGGCCUAAGAGAAAAACCCAAGAUGUCUUGGAAGUUUUCAGGCUCUAACCAUAAUACUUCAGGGCAAGAAAUUGUCUGUAAAGUGUGUGGCAAAGGGUUUGAGUCUUUAAGAGCUCUGUUUGGUCAUAUGAGGCAUCACUCUGGGAGAGAGAGAAGUGGAAUUUACUGUGAAGAAUGUGGCAAAGGGUUUGGGUCAUUGAAAGCUCUCACUACCCACAGGCACAGGAAAAGUCACUCUGAAAGAGUUGUGGUCUGUGAUGAAUCCUGGACUAGUUCAAGCCGUAAGACAGAAAUGGAGAAUCAAUCCAACAGUGAGAUCCAGGGGUUGGUGCGGAGAAAGAGAUCAAACAGAAUGAGGUACAAGACUACUCCUAAUUCUUUUGUUUCUAGUUUGAAUGAAUCCGUAUCCUGUACUGAUAUUGAGCAAGAAGUAGAAGAGGUAGCUAUCUGCUUGAUGAUGCUGUCAAGGGGUAUAGGCAAUUGGGGUGGAUUUAAUUUGGUCACUGAGUUCUCGGAUAAUGAUUCUGUCACUUACAAGGCUAAAUCAUUGGAACAAAAUAAGCGAAUUGUCAGUGAUGAUGGGGGUGGAAUUUUUGCUUGUGAAUUCAAUGAGUCUUUAAAGAUGAAGAAACCAAGGGUGGAGGAGUUUGGUUCUUAUGUUUCAGAUUCUAAGAUUGUCUCCACUGAAAAUGAUUUUGUGUUUGGAAGUGAUGAUGAAAAGAUUGAACUGGAAGUUCCACUUGAAAAGUUUUAUAGGGAUGGUGAAUGUAAAAUGCCUAAAAUGGAGGAUGUGUUUGGAUUAGCAUCAUACAAUGAUAAGACGGAGAAGGAUAUCCGUAAUGAGAUGAAAAACAAGCCCACUGAAGUAGAAUUAGAAGAGGAUUUUACAGAAGACUAUGGUUUGGAUUCAGCCAAUUCAGGAUCCAUGAAUUUUGGUUUGAACAAGAAAGCCAAGCUUGCUGCUUGUGGCUCUCACCUGAGGGGAAAGUCUUGCAAGAAGAUAUGUACUUCUGAUGAUUCUGCAAUCCUAAGUAAAUCAAAUCAUUCUUGGGAGAAUAGUGAAUACAAGUGCAAGACCUGCAACAAGAAUUUCCACUCAUACCAGGCACUUGGAGGCCACCAGUCAAUACACAGAACUGAAAAUUGCCCUGUAUUGGAAAUUUGGAACUGCAAAACGAGCAGCCAGAGUAAUAUUGUUCCUGAAACUGAGGCUAAUUUCGAUGUUGUCAAUCUUGAAUGUAGGGAGAACUCUGAGGAGCAGAAGAUAAGUAGAGUGUCUCUGACAAGUUAUGAGUUCAAGGAGAGAAAGGAGCACAAGUGCCAUAUCUGCUUUAAGGUUUUUGCAUCAGGUCAAGCUUUGGGUGGUCACAAGAGAGCUCAUUUAAUCAAAAAUUCUGAGGUCAUAUCUGAAGAGACCGUAGUAAUAAAGGAAGAGAUUUCUGAUAUCCUUAAUAUAGUUGGUAUUGAUCUCCCAAUUAUUCUUGAGGAAGAUACUAAUGUUGGUGUUGGAUUUAAGUCAUCGUGGGUUGAAAAUGAUCAGAAGCAUGAGCUAAUGGGGGGUCUAAUUCCUAACUGAGAAAAGAUAUUCCCAUCCAUGGCCACCAUUAACUUUCUAGUUAUCGUUGCUGAUUUGGUAUGACCCAUGUAUAGGUGAAGCUUUCCUAUGCUUUGCUGCUUAUAGCUUAGAUUGAAACUUUUUGUACUACCUUUAUAUCUCUUUUUGUUUCUGAUAAAUCUCCAUAGUUGUUCA